GUGAAGUGUAAAUGAAUUGACCUCCUCUGGCAUUCGAAAAGAGGAUUUCCUCAUCACUACAUGCAGGACAUUUUUAAGGCGGUAGGAGCGAGUUUGGGUUUUUUUCAGAAAUCGGUAGUGUGUGAUACGCUUAUACACUACCUCGAACCGUUUUGCUCUCCGACGCUUAGUUUUGGCGUCGCGACGCCUCAAAGUUGGAAUUUUUGACGACUUUGUGACAUAUUUUCGGCGAAACGGGAAAACGCACAGUUUUUAAACUUCACAGUGGGAUAGUCAGAUACUAGGCCUAGUGCGUGGUCUAUUUUUCAAGAUAUUACAUUGAAUAGUUUUCGUCCUGGAACGCCUUGAAAGUAAGUAGUUUACAGGCCCUUAUAGCAGCCAAACGGCUUAACAUAUGACGAUGAAAAGUAGACCACGCACUAGAUUCAACUUUGGUCUUUCUGAUGAAUUCGUCGGAAAGAAUAAAAAUUUUCGGGUCUGUUCAAAAAUAUGUCACAAGUAAACCCCUGUUUCGAACCGCCUGAGACCUUUAGAGAGAGACAGGCUGCAGCCGUCUUCGUCGCGCAGAGGGGGGAGCGGGAGGGGUGUGGGGGGCACCGUGAAACAAGAGGCGGGGUCGGCUGGGGCCCGGCCGGCUACCCGGACAGCCCCGACCGUAGCCCUCCGCCCACCCUCACAGCGGGGAUGCCUCCGUGACGAAUUACGGGCCAGAUCGGCGUUCAACUAUUUGAAGUACCGAUCGUACAAAAUUUUGCGUGGCACCAUUGAAUCGGCGAGGAACAGGUUAAGAAACCCUCCAAAAAUCAUUGUUUUAUGAUAAUUUCUACAAAAACGAAAAUGAAGAAGCCUGAACAUACGGACCAAUGAACAAGUGUAAGCUUGAACAAAUGUUACUUGUAUUUUACUACUUUCCCACUGGAAAGAACAUGACCUCAAAGGCAGGAGUGGGAGUGCUGAUCGGAGGGCUGUCCCUGAAGCCACUGCUUGUUGACACGCGUGUCUCAUCUUGCGGUACUUGCGAGCCUUAUGAGAAAAGGGGGGAAGAGCCCCCAGAACAUGAUUGCUACAGAAAUUGGAAGGGAAGCGCCACAUCAAUGGAGCAGGAUAUAAUAGUGAAGGGGUUCAACAUAAGCGUUGAAACCCACAAACUAGAAUACCGCUUUUACAUUGGUGACGGCGACUCCAGCACGUACCCGCAAAUUAGAGCAAGAUGUCACUACGGCCACCGUGUCACGAAACUGCACUGCGCCAAUCACGUGACGGUUCGACUCAGCGACCACUUGCACACCUUGCUGAAGAAAACUAAGGAAUACCCCGUGGAGGCGCGCAAUGCCCUCAAGACAGAGACAGAGAGCACGCUGGGGCAGAAGCAGACGCGAAUCGAGCGGCUGGUGAAAGGCGUGCGAACGGCCAUUCGGGUGUGUGGCGAAAACAAUGACAGUGUGGAGAACCUCCAGAAGGCCCUGCAGAACGCGCCCUUCCACGCCUUUGGCCGGCACACCAACUGCGGCGACUGGUGCCCAAGAAAGAACUCCGCGGUGCCGGACAAGGACGAGGUGGACACGGCGAGGAAGGGGGGCCUCUUCCAGGCGAUUCAGGCCCAUGUCGACACGCUAAUCCAGAAGAGUGACUCCCUCGUCCGCAACGUCACCACAAACGCCGCGGAGAACUUCAUGUCGCUCGCGGCCAAAGCGAACGGCGGGAAGCGCAUUCCUAACUGGAAGGGCGGUGGCUACACCUGGCGCAUCAUGUCUGCUACCAUAAACUUCUCCGAGGGCCCUGGCUACCACAGCGCCGCCAUGAAGGAGCACGCGGGCCUUGAUGACACUCCUAAGCUCCUCAAAAAGUUCAGCAACAGUCGCAGCAGCCAAUGGAAGAGGAGGCGGGAGUCCAGGGAGGCGGAGAAGGCCGCGGGAGAGCCGGCCAGCAAGAGGGGCCGCCGCCGGAUGGGUGCGGGGCAUGACAACGACUACGGCCCGCAGGCCGCUCUGACCAACGAGGAGAGGAAGAAGCUGCAGGAGGAGCUGGAAAAGGAGCGCCUUGAGCUGCACCCGGAUAUGCCCGAGGACGCCCUGGAGGCCGCCAAGAAGAAGGUGCUGGAGCACCUCGAACGGCAGGUGGACACCGAGGAGAAGAGAGCCCGGCUCCAGGGGCUGACGGGUCAGCACAAGAGCGCCGACUACCGCCAGGUACGCUACUAUGCCCUUCUGCCCUCCUCAAAGUUCGGCAAGGUGGUGACUCGCCAGCCAGGCACCCCGUGCAACAGUCUGGUGUUGGACCUUGUUUACCCGUCGGUGGGGGAUAAGAAGAGCGUGCCGAUGCAGUACGGCAUCGACCAUGAGCAGACGGCCGUUGAGAAGUAUGUUCAUGAUUGCGAGGUGAGUGAGCCCGUUGCAGAGUGCGGACUGUUCAUCAACCCCAAAUGGCCUUUCCUCGCCUCCACGCCGGACAGGCUGUUGGGGUCGGAAGGGCUAAUUGAGGUGAAGUGUAUAUUCCCUGGCACUCUUGCUUCGCGGGGCGUCCACAAUUUUCACAGUGCUGCUUCGCUGAAGGGCAAAGAGCGGAAAAGUAUGAGUAUAUGUCUGGAAAUUGUGGACGGUCAGCUGUGCUUCAAGCGCACUCACUUGUAUUAUUAUCAAAUCCAGGGGCAGCUAGCGAUCACGGAGCGCCAGUACUGCAUGGCAGUCGUGUUCACUGACUCCUCCUUGGUUGAUAAUUGGAAAGGGCAGAAGGUGGAGGACUUCUAUGUCGAGAAAAUAGAGCGCGAUGACAAGUUUUGGCAGGAAACAAUGCUGCCUAAGCUGUCGAGGUUUUACAUGGACUGCAUGCUGGUCGAAAUUUGUCUCCGGCGCAAAAACCGAGGGAUAAAAUGCAGAGAUCCGGACUGGAUCAAGCCGAAAAAGACAAAACAGCAGGGGCAGCAGCAGUAACAUGUACACGCGCACCUACCACCUUCUUCCCUUUUGAUAUGAGUGUUUACGCUUGUGGAAACGUUCAGUGUCGUAUUGGUAGUUUCUUUGCUCGUGCUGGUGUGUGCGGGUCUGCCUACUCCUUCCGGCCGUACACAAGCCUGCAUCACUCCAGCGAGUGCAAAAGAACUACCGUUACCUACCUCAAGUAGUCAACUUACUUGUCAAUGGUCGGCCAGCUGUAUGUCUUUGUAAAUUGUUAAUAUGAGUUGUAAAUUGUAAUGAUCCAAAUGCAUCUUGUAUAUUUGUAUAUUUUCUUAUAUGUGGUGUGAGUGAGUGAGUGAGUGAGUGAGUGAGUAGUUUUAUCGACUAGUUUAUUGUUUGUCUUCCAAAUGCUGCUGAUCUGGGGCUGAAAGAAGGGGGAAAGGGGGGUGGGGAGUCAGCUGAUGGUACAAAAUAAAAGGACUGUAAACAUUUAUUUUUGUAUGAUAAUAUUUUUGUAUGAUAAUGUGUGAUUGGUUACUGGUGUCAAAUCUUCUCUAUUUCGUGGAAAACUGAGUAGUAGAAAAUUACAAAUAAAUUGUUUUUGCACAAUUACUGUCUUUUUUAGUUUAGACUGUUGGUUCAUGUUCGAUUAGUGCACGUCUUUUCAGCCAAACGGCAUGCGCACGUGACAGCCGGGACGCAGGCAGUAGUGAUACCGGCAAAGGUCGCUGUUUAGUUUUUUCACCUAAACUGCAAUGGUUACAAAUUGUCAAAAAUUUGCCAAAUUUUACGGUUGGGUAACUAUUUGAGCGGUUACGAACGGCAGACCCACUUUCAUUCAGACUACUGUUUCGCUAGUCUAUUGUCAAAACAGAGUCAGAGAAAAGAGAGGGUGGGGUGAGGAGGAGGGGGCCUCUGGGGGCGCGGUGCUCGGCUCGCACAGGGGGGCCAUGUGGCGACCGGAACGAAACGGGCUGACUGGAGAAAAUGACGAACCCACCUGGCUUCUUCCAGGCUUGAUAGGCUUCCAGCAUGCACGGCAUCAAUUUCUUGAGAAUCUGGCAGUCUCCUUGAAACCAAGAAUGAAAAUUCUACGAUAAUUCUAACGGAUUUUAUAGUUGUACUUUUCGGGACUUAGUCGCCGGAGAGGCCAAGGCAGAGCUGGCCCGGAGCUCGGAAAGAGACAGAACGCGUCGAGGCAGACCCCGGCCCGGGUCCUCGCCAACAUCUGGGAUUUGUCACGCCUCCUGGACGGUGCCGUCCCGCCUCCCCCGCACCCGCCCGCACCCCGCAGGGCCUGCCCGACACUUCGGACGUGUUCGACGCAUUUAAUACGCAGCCAUUCCCGGACUGGCCGUGUGCUCCUACCGCCUUAAUGUCGGUCCCCUUCUCUUUCAGAACGACGUCCCUGCCGAGUCUCUUCCCCUGCCUAUUUGAGUUCAAGAUGCAGCCCAGCCCAGGGACGAACUGAACCCGAAGCUGACCCGACGACCUGGAUGUUCUUACCGGACGCGAUCGGGGCGUCUGUUUCCGUCGGGGUGGUGGGUGACAAGAAGUCCAUCUGCACUUAAAAUUAAGACCUUUCAUGUGUUCUGUAUGCAAUUUAAACCAACCGACCCUAAGCAUAGGAUCACUCGAUUAUUUGUUUAUUUAUGUAAAUUUUUAUUUUUGUACAUUAUAUAUAGUUUUGCAUAUCA